UCCUAGGUUGAUGCACCUUUGUUAAGUCUCUUUGUUACAUUGCUGUGUAAUAAAGAUUCUUUCUGCAUUCCCAUCUAGAUUCUGAGACAGCCUUCUUUAAAGAAAGAGAACUUUUCUCCAGGACAGAGGCAGCAGUAAACUACAAAGGAAUCUGAGACAUUGGCUCCAUUCAACCUGCUUGCAUCAGACUGGCUCAAAGUUUACAGGCAUGAAGCCGCUGUUUUUGACAUUCAUUUUAUUAGCAUUUGCAACUCAGACUGCAUAUGCCGUUUCAGAUUCAGAUGAAUCUCUGGAUGACCCAUUCAUUCAAAGUACUCUCCAGGAAGCCAAGAAAAUGGUGGAUGAAGCCUACAAAUAUUCAAGAGAUGUAGAUCUUUUAAAAGUCAAGAAAAAAGAGUUAACACCAUAUGAGCUGCUCUGUUUUUCAAUGAGGCCAAUGGAAGAGACAAGAACUGCAAUACGGGCAGCUGAGUACAUGGAGGCCACCCUUGAUAUAAUCCGGCAGAACAUGAGUAGGAUCCACAAACGCUCAUUGGGUGCUACAGAUCAUUUGUCACCUGAAGAUCUGGAGGCGAUUGCUCGAGUCACUGGCUGUGCUGCCCAAACUGUACUGCUGUCAUGCGACACAAUUCCCUUCAUAGAUCAAUACAGGACCAUCUCCGGUGUGUGCAAUAACAAGACAAACAGUCGGCUUGGUGCUUCAAACACCCCUUUUUCACAGUUGCUGCCUGCCCAAUAUGAAGAUGGCAUCUCCAGUCCACGCGGUUGGACUUCAGCAGUCAAGUACUCAGGCUUCAGCCUUCCUUUGGUUCGUGAAGUCUCUAAUAAAAUUUUACAUACUGCAAAUGAAAACUUGCCUCAAGAUAACUUAUACUCAUCCAUGCUGACACUGUUUGGGCUAUGGAUAGGACUUGACUUGAGCAACACUGCCAUGUCUCGAAGCAUUCGGUCCUUCAGCGAUGGAAUUGACUGCAGCACGUCCUGUCAGCAGGCUGAACCCUGCUUCCCUAUUGAGAUUCCACCAAAUGAUCCCAGGUUUGAGGACACCAAAAGCUGUAUUCCCUUUUUCCGUUCAGCUGCAGCAUGUGGAACAGGAUAUACAAGUUACAAUUUUGGAAUCCCAAAUGUCCGGUCCCAAAUUAACCAAGUUACCUCCUUUAUUGAUGCAAGUAUGAUUUAUGGGUCCACUGACUCCCUGGCCAACCAACUGCGAGACCUGACCAAUGAUUUUGGCCUUAUGGCUGUUAACCAACGCUACAGUGAUGAUGGCUAUGAUCUCCUUCCGUUUCAAAAUGCAACACCAAACAUUUGUGCCACAAGAUCAAUUGUUACAAAGGACCCAUCAGUUCAAGAUGUUCCAUGCUUCAUGGCAGGAAAUUCACGUGCCAAUGAAAAUAUUGCACUUACGGCUAUUCACACUAUGUUCUUAAGAGAGCAUAACCGUAUUGCAAAGAUUUUCAGGAAACUUAAUCCACAUUGGAGUGGCGAAACCAUCUACCAAGAAACAAGGAAGGUUGUAGGAGCAUUUCUGCAGACUAUCAUCUACCAAGACUAUCUGCCUAUCAUCAUUGGUCCAAAUGCAGUGCAAAAAUAUCUCUCAGAUUACCGAGGUUAUGACGACACUGUCAACCCGUCCAUUUCCAGUGUUUUCUCUACGGCAGCUUUCCAGUUUGCUCACCUAACUGUCCAGCCAUUUAUAUUUCGUCUAGACAGGGGAUAUCAGCAACACACUGUGUAUCCUAAUGUUCUCCUCCACAAUUCCUUCUUCACCCCCUGGAGGAUUGUCUUUGAAGGUGGAAUUGACCCCAUUAUCCGUGGUCUUAUUUCCAUGCCUGCAAAGCUUAAUAGACAGGAUAAGCUGAUGCAUGAUGAACUUCGGGAGAGACUCUUUCAGCUGACUAGUCAGGAUGGUCUUGAUCUGGCAUCUCUUAUCAUGCAACGUGGAAGAGAUGAAGGACUUCAAGGAUACAAUGCAUGGAGAGGCUUCUGCGGUCUUAGCCAGCCCAAAGACGAAAAGGAACUUGGAGUGGUCCUCAACAACCAAACCUUAGCAAAGACACUGAUUAGACUGUAUGGAACCCCCAACAAUAUUGAUGUCUGGAUUGGAGGAAUUCUUGAGCCAUUUGUACCAAAUGGGAGAGUGGGACCUCUGUUCGCUUGUCUAAUAGGAGCCCAGUUUCAGAAGAUAAGGGAUGGAGACAGGUUCUGGUGGGAAAACGUAGGCAUCUUCACUGAGAGCCAGAGGAGAGCUCUAAAGGAAGUGUCACUCCACCGUAUUAUCUGUGACAACACCGGAGUUAUGGAGCUCCCUCCAUCCAUGUUCCAGUACUUGCCAUACAGUAAUGGAUAUAUUGCAUGCUGGGACAUUCCUAAGUUCGAUUUUAGUGCUUGGAAAGACACUAGUUCAGACCUUGUCUUCCACAGUGAUUUUCAGCCUUGGUACCUGUCCAAUCAAGAAGGUCUUCCAUCCACCUAAUCUGAAGAUUGGACGAUUGCUCGUGUCAUGGCUCAUAUCUCAUGUGCUUGAGUGCAGAUCCUAUUUUGAAUGAAGUCUUGAGACUGUACCUGCCUUCUCUAUAUUACUGUAUUUUACUUGGAAAUCUGAACUCAACUUUCCGUUUCUUGUGCAACUCUGUGACCCAAGCUCGACAACAACAGAUAUUAAAAGUAUACAGUAACUAUUUAAUAUAUGGACCCAACUGUGAAAUUUAACCACAUUACAUUUACAUUUAAUCAACUCUCGGAGGUAGUAUUAUAAAGAAGAUUAGUCACAACCAAUGAAUUCCAGUUUUGUGAAAUUUUGGACUUGCAUCAUAUUUGGUGGUACAACAAAACAUCAACGCAAUACUUAGACAGUUUUUUUUGUUGGACUUUUGAGUUUCAAUUUUUCUAAACUCAUCCAGUUUCUUAAAUCAAGGAGACUCAGAAGGUAUAUGGAAGACAGAAAAGUAAGUCCAAAAAAUAUGAUUUCUAGAUUGAGUUAAAGAAUGUCAAAAU